UGAUCACCUACAAAGCUGCCAGUACAUUUCUAGAUCUUAAACUGCAUACAUCGACCGAACAAAAAUGACAAAAUUACUACGGAUUGCAUUGGCAAUAGUUGCCGAUCAGCUGAUUGUUGUCGCAUCACUUGAGGUAUCAUCUCCUUCAUCUUUGACCAAAAUUCUCAACGUUGGUCUUAAAAUACACGAAGCAAUUGAAGAUACUCAUCAGGGCGUUCAGAAAGUUUUGGGUUAUCAAUUAGAUCAAGAAGUGCUUCGAGCAAUCAAAAACAACACCGAUGAAUUGGCGCGAAAGCUGAAAAACAUUUCCAGCACUGUGAAAGAGCAAGCAACGAAAUAUGGCGAACCUGCUUUGAGAGAGGUCAUCGAUGAUAUCGUGAAUAUGGCAGACAAGAUCAGCAAAGAGGAUCCGGAAACGGCCAAGAAAGCGCAGGAUUACUUGGCCAACGUGCAGAGCAAUAUUUUUAUGUUGAUAACUCAGGUGGCCGCUCUUGAUGCUAGGAUUGAUCGCGAAAAACAGGCAGCUACAAACGAACUACAAGACACCAUUGUGCAGCUGUAUUUGGCUGCAACGGAUGCAGCACGAAAAACAACUGAGGCACUUGAGCCAAAAAGCGACAUUGAUUAAAUGCGUGGAGCCAUCUCGAUUAUUUUUCAUGUUAUGGACGAUUUUCGUUUCAAAACAUAUUAUUUUCCAAAUAACGGAAACAUCCUCACAGUUUUUUCACCAUGCCCAGUGAAAAAGAUUAUCUUUCUGAUGGAGACAAAGGAUUGAGAACCCGUUUGCGCCUUUCAGAGAUAUCGGCAUUUGAAAACAACUAAUCUGUCGAAGAAAAACUCUGAUAACUCUUCAACCAUAAGAGAUAGAAAAGUAAUAUCAUCGGCAAAAACAGUAAUAUCUUCCGCAAUCAAAAGUACUAAAAGUGCUCGAAACAAAGUUUCUGCGAGAAAUUAUCGUAUAAAAAGUUAUCAAGAAAAAAGUGAUUUUCUAGGAUUGUUUGUUAAAAAAUCAGUGCUCGCGAACCAUAGAAAUUUGGGCUCUUCGGCAAAGUUGUUCAAAAUUGGCUGUUCCAAAACAUUGUAUAGGCCUAAAUGUGUCAACAAAAAAGUUUGUAUUUUGAUCUCGUAAACUAUGUGGGCCACACUAAUUUCCCAUCACUGAAAAAAAUGUCUGAAAAGUAUGGAGAAGCUUUGCCGCAGACACCAUAUAUCUAAAACUGACGGCUUAAGCGCAAACAUUUUUGUCUUCGUAGAUAUAGCAGAUGUCUUUCCCCACACAAAAUGAAAUAAGAAAACCUCUACUGAUCAACUGUGGACAAGAACAAAGCAGGUAAUCAAUUCAAAGCAUUUGCUUUGAAUUUGGGUUUUCUAUGGUCUAUAACGUCAUCAUAAAUAAUGAGAAGAACUUCUAAUCUUAAUUAAUCUUAAGUUUAUUGCAUGUAGCCUUCUCAGAAAGAUAUUUUGGAAAUAAGGACAUUAUGGUUUACAGGUUAUAAAAAUGGAGGACAUUUCGAAAUUGAGUUUUAAAUAAAAUGAAAAAAAAA